CCUCACUGUGUGGUUGUAGAGAUCGCAUUCACCAUGUCCGUGUGUCCUCUCCGGACUCAUAUCUGUGUGUUGUGUUUUUAAAGUGGCCUCAGGGAUGGAAAUAAACCUGUCUGGAUGAGUUUGAUGAAGAGACGAUCUAUUUGAUGAAGAGGCGGAGCCGCAUACACGUUUGCACAAACACACGGAGACAAUCGACCAGCUGCCACAUUUAUUAACUUAUUAACAUGAGACGCUUCAUUCGGCACAACAUACACACACCACGGUGCUAGAUGGUGGUUGUGAAGGCAGUGCGUAAUGCUGAAGGGGCUCGUCCUGAGUCAGAAUGAGUGUCAAAGAUGGCGAUGGGACGACUAGCCAAGAUGGAAAGGCCUACGAACUUCAGAUAUACCCCCGACUCUCUCUGGAGACAGCAUCGUGCUGUACACUCAGAGUCACCAAGGAGGCCACCGCAGCUAGCGUCAUACGGGAUGCGGCAGCGACCCUUGGACUGGACGCCAGCAAGCUCUACGUCCUGGCCGAGGUGAAGGAGUGCGGCGGGGAGGAGUGGGUGCUUGAAUCAACCGACCUUCCGGUGCACAGGGUCCUUCUCUGGCCGAGAAAAGCCCAAGAACAACAUUCUCAGAAAGAGGGAUUUUACUUCCUCCUCCAGGAGCGCAACCACGAUGGCUCCAUACGCUACGUGCACCUGCCCGCCGUGGGGAACGAGCAGGAGUCCAAGCGACUGGUUGCUCGGGGCUUCCUCCCACCCCAGCAGGAGGACUUUGAGGACCUCUGCAACCUUCCGAUCCUCAGUGAGGACAGCAUCUUGGAUAACCUGCGCAUUCGUUUUCAGAAGAAUAAAAUUUAUACAUACGCUGGCAGCAUCCUCAUUGCCAUCAAUCCCUUUAAGUUCUUACCCAUUUACAACCCCAAAUACGUCAAAAUGUACGAGAACCACCAGUUGGGCAAGCUGGAACCUCAUAUUUUCGCUAUUGCCGAUGUAGCCUACUACGCCAUGUUGCGCAAGCAUGUCAACCAGUGUAUCGUUAUCUCAGGAGAGAGCGGAUCAGGCAAAACUCAAAGCACUAACUUCCUCAUUCACUGCUUGACGGCUCUCAGCCAGAAGGGUUAUGCAAGCGGCGUGGAACGAACCAUCUUGGGUGCUGGACCUGUGCUGGAGGCGUUUGGCAACGCAAAGACGGCCCACAACAACAACUCCAGCCGAUUCGGGAAGUUCAUCCAGGUCAAUUACCUGGAGAGCGGCGUGGUGCGCGGGGCUGUGGUUGAGAAGUAUCUGCUGGAGAAGUCCCGUCUGGUGUCCAGAGAGAAGAACGAGAGGAACUACCACGUGUUUUACUAUCUGCUGGUGGGUGCGUCGGAGGAUGAGCGGCGUGAAUUCAGACUCCUGCAGCCAGAAGAAUACUUCUACCUCAAACAGCAAAACUUUACGAUAGAAGAUGCGGACGAUCUUCGGCACGACUUCGAGCGACUGCAGCAGGCGAUGGAGAUGGUCGGCUUCCUGCCGACCACCAAGAGACAGAUAUUCUCCGUCCUGUCGGCCAUCUUGUAUCUGGGUAACGUGACGUACAGUCAGAAGUCGUCCGGCAGAGAGGAGGGUCUGGAUGUGGGGCCGCCGGAGGUGCUUUCCACACUCUCAGACCUGCUAAAGGUUAAGGAGGAGCUGUUGGUGGAGGCUCUUACCAAGAGGAAAACGGUGACCGUAAACGACAAACUGAUUCUGCCCUACAGCCACAGCCAGGCGAUCACCGCUCGAGACUCCAUGGCCAAGUCACUGUACAGUGCCCUGUUCGACUGGAUCGUCCUGCGGAUCAAUCACGCGCUGCUUAAUAAGAGAGACAUGGAGGAGUCGGUUUCGUGUUUAUCUAUUGGUGUGCUUGAUAUCUUCGGCUUCGAAGACUUUGAGACCAACAGCUUUGAACAGUUCUGCAUCAACUACGCCAACGAGCAGCUUCAGUAUUACUUCAACCAGCACAUCUUUAAACUUGAACAGGAGGAGUAUCAGGCCGAGGGCAUCACCUGGCACAACAUCGACUACACCGAUAACGUCGGCUGUAUUCACCUCAUCAGCAAGAAGCCCACUGGACUCCUCUAUUUACUUGAUGAGGAGAGCAACUUUCCUCACGCCACUGAUAAAACCUUGCUGGCCAAGUUCAAACAGCAGCACCAACAGAGGGGGGUUGGGGGGGUCAGGCCAAAUAAUGAAAAUAAAAUGUUGUUGAUGUUUACUGCAUGCCUUUAAUGAUAUAAAGUAAAAUUAUUUAUAGUUAGAGAUUUCCGUGAGAAGAACACGGAUCACAUGCGUCCGGAUAUCGUGGCUCUCUUGCGGAGCAGCGACCGAGCUUACGUCCGGCAGCUGAUCGGGAUGGACCCGUUGGCGAUGUUCCGGUGGGGAAUCCUGCGCGCCACCGUCCGCGCUUUGGCCGCCUUCAACGAGUCCGGCCGCCGCUGGGCAGCCAAGACUGCGGGUGUGGUCAGACCAAACUCCAGAGUUCCUCUAGGAGAGCUACAGAGAUCCAACAUGCCCAUUGAGAGGAUGUACCGCCACGCUCCUAUGCUUGAUUUCUCCUUUGAUCAUUCAGAGGAGCGCCCUCUAGAGGCUUUUGAGGACAUCUUUUCUAGUUAUGAGAGUAAGAAGGAGAUGCAUGUCCAAAUCAUCAACUCCAUUAAGGACUUGCAGUUGGAUGGGGAAGAUCCACGUAAGCUGCUGCAGUCCUGGGGUCGCCUGCGGUUCCCGCGCCACGUCCUCCAGAAAAACAAGAACCCCAAGACCAAGCAACUCAUUCCUAAGAACCUGUUGGACUCUCGUUCGCUGAAGUUUGUAGUGGGCCUCCAUGACCGCACCACCAAGUCUUUACUUCAUCUGCACAAGAAGAAACGUCCUCCCAGCAUCAGUGCCCAGUUUCAAACAUCUCUUAGUAAGCUUCUGGAAACGCUGGGGAAGGCGGAACCAUUUUUCAUCCGAUGCCUCCGUUCUAAUGCUGAGAAGAAGGAAAUGUGUUUUGAUGAAGCACUCGUUGUGCAGCAGCUGCGGUACACAGGCAUGUUAGAAACAGUGCGCAUCAGACGGUCAGGUUAUGGAGCCAAAUACACCUUUCAGGAGUUUACUGAGCAGUUUCGUGUGUUGCUGCCAAAGAAGGCUAAGUCCCUGGAGGACAUAUCAUCUCUAUUGCACAGGCUUGGCUUUGACCACACUACCUACCAGAUUGGGAAAACCAAGGUGUAUCUCAAAGAGCUCGAAAGACAAAAGCUUCAGGACAUCCUCCACAAGGACGUCAUGCGCAAAAUCAUUUUCUUGCAGUGCUGGUUUAGAGCUAAAAUGCAGAGGAUGGAGUUUAUUAGAAUGAGAGAGGCAGCCAUCUUAAUCCAGCGCUCAUGGCGCAGCUACCGCAAAGAGAAGUUCUACCAAGCAGCGGUUCUGAUUCAGUCAGCAUGGCGAGGUUCCAAACAGAGAGCUGAAUAUCGUAAAACACAAGCAUCCGUCACAAAGAUACAGGCACUUGCAAAAGGGCAUUCGGCUCGCAAACGGUACUACUCCCUAAAGGAAGAGAAGAGGAAAAGAGAGGAAGAGGAAGCUCGGAAAAGAAAAGAGGCAGCUCGACGAGCCAAGGAGGCAGAAGAGGCCGCUAGGCGAGCUAAAGAGGCUGAGGAGGCAGCCAGACGAAUCAGAGAGGAAGAAGAGGCAGCCAGGCGUGCCAGAGAGGAAGAGGAAGCAGCUAGAAGACAGAAAGAGCGAGAAGAAGAGGCAGCUCGGCUUGCUUUAGAGGCUGAGCGGAAGGCUGCAGAGCAGCAGGAGAAGAUGCCACUACAACAACCAACGGCACCAGGCAAGCAGUCUGACGAUGUGGAGACACUAGUGCUGGAGCGCAAUAAGGCUCCUGUGGAUGUUGAGAUUGAAGGUAAGGGCAGGGCCCAAGUUGAUGUCUCAAAAGACCAAAAUCGUUCUGGGAAGGUUCCUCAAGUGGAGGCUGGUCCUCACCCUGAGGUUAAAGAACACCAGAAGCAAAAGGAAAAUGGAUCUUCUGCACAUCCCAGAGAGGAAGGUACACAUGCUAAACCCACGUCUCCUGAAAUCCCAACCGGACAAAGCCAAAACAGAGCUCCUUCACUCUCCAAACUUCCAGCAUACAGAAGUCAGGAGAAACGGGAGCUUAGGAGACAACGUGGCCUAGAGCACAACCAGAGAGAAAGUGAACGAGCAGCUUCGGCUGGAAAAGACGAUACUUCCUUCAAGAGCAAAACUCCAGAGAGUCCAGGAAAAGCAGAUGGCAAGUUGAAGGAACGGUCCGACAGCAAAGAGUUGGAUCAGUACACCUUUGUGGCUUGGAAAGUAGACAAGACGAAGAGGGAUGCCAAAGAUGUCUCACCUGACCUUGUUCGACCUUCCACCUUACCCUUAGAUAUCCCUACAUCAGGACCUGGAAGAAAUGGCUAUACUGACCCGUCCAUCGCCGCUCAACCUGCUCUUGCCAAAGAAGAGGCCAACAGGAAAAAAGAACCAUCAAGAAGCAACACUCAGCCAGAAAACCUCAUAGCAGGACCCCGCAGUCUGGAGGACAGGCACAUCAAAACUCUCCAGAAUCGUGGGAUCUCUAUGUCACUAGACGAUGUGUCCAAAAUAGGUUUGAGCAGUACAUCACAGGGCAAAACUCGUCAAAGACGCAGGCCACGGCUCGCCCUUGCACGUAUAUGUUUGCCCAUUAAAAGUGUUGAAAUGGAGGAUGCAGAGUACUGGACUUUUCCUUUGCCCCCCAUGAGUCCAUUCAAGACACAUUCCAGCACUGAGGUUGGUCCUGAUAGAUCGAAGGCCAGCACAUUGAAGGAAAAAGUUCAUGACACUCACAGCCUGCAAGAUGCAUCACCUGCCCAGCCGUCGACCCCAGAGAGGACAACAGGGUUUUUCAGAAAGAUCCUGAAGAAACGUCCACAUAAAGAAGCUCACACCCCGGAAGAUGGAGACCUGAGCCUAGCUUCCUAUUUGGAUCAAAAAGAAGCCACUUCACCAUCACGCUCGCACAAUUCAAAGCUUCAUGCGAGUCGACCCGCUCGGACACCCAGCAUCAUGAUCAGUCACUCAACAACUCGGGCUUCUGAACAAUGUAACUCAUCGCUGAACCGCGUGAUCACCAAUGCGAAUGAGUUACGCCACCUUGAUGAGUUCCUGGGCAAUCAGGUGAACGAUCUACGCUCACGGGGAAAGCAGCUUUCAGGAACAGAGCACAUCUUCAUUACUGCCACUAUGCAGUUUAGAGAAAACAUCAAGGGGAUGUACUCAUUCUCUAAACCACAAAUUGGGUAUAAGGCUUUGAUGAAUAGCUACCACAAAAAAGUGAUCAGUCUAGCAGGAGAAAAGCAGAAAGGUGAGGUACCACUGGUGGUCAAUCUCUUCCAGUCAGUUCUGGAUGGCUUCAUCAGAGCGGAGAUCAAAAAAGAAGAGGCCGAACCAGCAAAGCCACCCAAAAGUCGCAAGAUGAGAAGAAAGAAGGAUAAGAGCUUGGAGAAUCCAUUGGACCAUGUGUUUACACACUACCAAGUCAACAUCAUGCAGUCUUGUGAUCAGUGCACCUCCUACAUCUGGGGUAUGGAGAAGGCCUACAUGUGCAGUUAUUGCAAAAUGGUUUGCCAUAAGAAGUGCAUUUGUAAAAUCGUCAUAGGCUGCUCUACGUUCUGCUCCAAGAAGUGUGAUGAUGAGCCUGGAUCACAACACUUCGGUGUGCGCGUGUGCCACCUGGUCAACAACAAGACCCCUGUGCCAAUUGUGCUAGAGAUAAUGCUGGAACACGUGGAAAUGAACGGACUGUACACAGAGGGCAUUUACAGGAAGUCCGGCUCAGCCAAUCGCAUGAAGGAGUUACACCAGUUGUUGGAAGCAGGCCCAGAGAAUGUUUGUCUUGAGGAUUACCCCAUCCAUGCCGUCACUGGCCUGGUCAAACAGUGGCUAAGGGAGUUGCCUGAACCUCUCAUGACCUUCACGCACUACAACGACUUCCUCCGUGCAAUAGAACUGCCUGAGAAGCAAGAGCAAUUGCAAGCCAUUUACAAAGUUUUGGAACAGCUUCCAACAGCCAACUUCAACACCUUGGAGAGACUCGUUUUCCAUCUUGUCAGGGUUGCGAAGGAGGAGAAGAGCAAUCGGAUGACGCCAAACUCUCUGGCCAUCGUUUUUGCUCCCUGCAUUCUCCGCUGUCCGGACAGCGCCGACCCACUCAUGAGCAUGAAAGACGUCGCCAGAACCACCACUUGUGUGGAGAUGCUACUUAACGAACAAAUCCGGAGAUACAAUGAGAGAAUGGAGGAGAUCGAGCAGCUGGAAUACGCUGAGGCACUGGCUGUCAAUCAGCUCAAGCUAAAAAGACAAAACACGUGCUGGCAUUUACCUCUCAGAUUUAUCACUCCUUACAAAGAAGUAGCGGUUCGGGAGAAGCCAGCUUCCGACCUUUGUGCUGUACCUGAGAAUGAGCCCCUGGAUUCAGAUACAGAAGCUGAGCGAAGCCUGAUGGAACGGAUCAAGUCCAUCAAGCAGGAAAAAGAGGACCUUGCCUGCAGGCUACCUGAACUAGAACAGCCCGGUUCUGACCAGGAGAACCUGGACUCGGAGGCAUCAGUCAGCUCUGAGAGCCUUUUGGACGAGCGAGCGGUCUGUUCGGACACGGAAGGACAAACAAUCGUAGUGCCAAGAUUAUCCAAACCAGCUUGCCUUCCUAAGUCUGUCACCCUGGCCCAAGGAGGCAGCACAUGGGCUGACGGCCCCUCUCUUCCUUCACUGUCUUCUCCCAGGCUUCAGCUCCAGCGUCGCCACCCUAUCAUCCCCAAAACGGUCAAGCUGCCCCCAGGAGUCUUGUGCCACCCGGCUGUACAGUCCCUCCCUCCCCGCAAAGCCCAGUCCCUCACCCUCGUCCAGCGGCGCGAGCAACCCGGCCGCCGCAAAGACAGCAUCCAGUCCCUCUACAUCACUGCUGGAACAGAGCUCCUGUUCCCGCUCUCACCUACAACCUCAGACACCUCCAGCGCACAGGAGCUCCAGACCUCCUCCCGACGUUUCUCGGACCCGGACAUUGCUAUCGUAAAGGACGAGGUUUGACGUGCAAAGCUGCCUGCUCUCGAAAGAACAAUUCGAUUGGUUGUUGUCAUGGGUGCUGACUGCUUGCCCCGGUCGUAGUGACUGAUAAAGAGAAUUGUCUCACCUAGCACUUUUCCAUACUAAUAAUAUAUUGGAUUUUUAAAGAGACUUUUUUUAAGACUCAGAUUUGUGUUGCAUAUAGGCGUUGACAUGCGUCAAUGCUUGAUGCUUGAUUUUUUUUGGGGACGUUUUUAGCAUCAAGAAAACAGUCUUGCACCUUUUGUGUCUUUAACGAACAGGAAAAAAACAAUUCAACCAUGAGGAGUGAUACCUUGAUGGUGUUUUGUGGAUGGUGUUAUUUGUACAACCAAGACUUCGUUCAUCUUAAAUGGACUUUUAAGCUGUAGAUCCUCUAUCAAUUCCUGCACAAGAACUCAAUGGACAAGUUUUGACUGUAGGAGGAAGGAUCCAGCACUAGCCACUUUCCUCUUGGACCAGAAUGCCAUAACCGAAUGCAAUAACUCAGAACUCUCUUUUUUUCAUUUUGAUAAACAAUAUGACUCUUUGGAUCUGCGUGGAUGUCUAUUCAGAAUAGGUUUGUGUAGGACUAAAUACAGUUAGUGGCCAAGCCAUUGUGUUUAAUACUAAAGUCAAGAGUUACGAAUGCUGUUGAAUGAAAAGUAUGGAACGAAUGCCAGCUGGAUGUCUAUGAUGUAAAUUACGUUUUGCAUCACGAGGACCGUAUGUGCCUACUAGUAUCGCUGUUUUUGAGUCCUCCGUGACAACGUUUUUUGCAUUUAAUGGAGAAAUGAAACUAAUUAUUUUCCUACAAUACAGUUUGUACUGGCCUCAAA